ACCUGUGUGUCAGUCCGUGCACGGCAGAACAUGGCUGACACAGCUCGUCACCCAUUGCUGAUCUUGCUUGCCGUUGUGGCCGCUACCGCGAUCAUCGUGGCCAUCAGCGUGGUUGUAGUGUUGUACCACAAAAGGAACAAGAGGAAGAAGAACAGGGAGCUCAGCGACGCCGGGUCACGCACGUCUGCAAGGUGGUUGCCGCAAUACAACUCUUACGCCGUUGGUAAGUCGUUCACAUUCGAGGAGAUAAGGGAGGCAACCAGUAAUUUCGCACAGUCGCUGGUGAUCGGCGUGGGCGGCUUUGGGAAAGUGUUCUGCGGCGUCGUGGACGACGGUACCAAGAAAGUGGCCAUCAAGCGGUGGAACCCGUCACCGGAGCAGAGCAUGCACGAGGUCCAGGCGAAGAUCGAGGCGCUGUCCAAGCUGCAGCACCCGCACCUUGUCUCCCUCAUUGGCUUUUGUCUGUUUAAGAAGGAGAUGAUCCUCGUGUGGGAAUACAUGGAGCACGGCACGCUUCGGGAGCACCUGUACAACAACAGCGGCAAGCCGGUGCUAUCAUGUUCAUGGCGGCACCGCCUCCACAUGUGCAUCGGUGCCGCGCGGGGCUUGCACUACCUCCACACCGGCGGCAUCAUCCACCGGAACGUCAAGACCACCACCAUCCUCAUCGACAAGAAUUGGGUCGCCAAGGUGUCGGACUUCGGCUUCCCCAAGUCCGCCCUGACCAGGGCGAGCCAAAUGCACCUCAGCACCAGUCAUGUCAACGGGAGCUACGGAUACACUGACCCGGAGUAUUUUUGUCGGGAGCAGCUCACUGACAAGUCAGACGUCUACUCCUUCGGCGUCGUGCUCUUCGAGGUGCUUCUGGCAAGGACGGCGCUGAACCCGGCGCUGCCAAGUGACCAGGUCAGCCUCGCCAAUUACGCGCUUGCCUGCCAGCGGAACGGCACCCUGCCGGACGCCGUCGACCCGGUGAUCAAGGACGAGAUCACGCCAGAAUGCCUCGAGAAAUUCGCCGAGACGGCCGUGAAGUGCCUCGCUGACCAAGGCAUGGAGCGGCCUACCAUGGGGGGCGUGUUGUCCAACCUAGAGCUGGCGAUGCAGCAGCUUAAUUCCAUGCCGAUGCAAAAUAAACCACUGAUACAACAAAAUCAUAUGUUGUAUGUGUAGUGGUUUUUGCACUUAU